GAGUUGGGCAUUGAGCCUUUAUUGUGAGGCUGAGAACAAUAAAGUUGAGGCCAGUGGCACAAACGUGGACUGAUGCUGGUUGAAACCUGCUGUUUAAUAUUCUAGCUCCAGGUUUUGAAUUGCUCACGGUUGAAUUUAGAUUGGAUUUGGAAAGGAAUCGGGAUUAACUGGGAAGUCCGCAUUUCCGUUGUGAUGGCGUGUCAUAGAUCGAGAACUGCGGACAAUUCUGGAAGAUGGUGCUUGGGAAGAGGAAAAUGCGAGUGCUCCUGUGAUUUAAAACAAAUGUAACAACCCCAGGCAUGUCAAUAACUAACGAAAAAUGAACUUUUAAAAAAAAGAAUCAAAGUUCACCGCAGCCUAAGAAUAACGAAAUCAGGGAACCCCCAACCCCCUUUUUUUCCAGGACGGUGUAGAUCAAAUUUCAGUCAAUUCUGAGGGGGCGAAAAAUGCAAAAAGCAUGUUCACUUGUUCGGAAAGUCUGCGUCUUUUGUGUCCCUGAGUUGUUUGUGCUGUUCACUGAUUUGCUCCAUUCCGGCGAUCCGGUUCCACAGUAAGUGGCCGCCUCCCAGUCUGCCUGUGGGCGGGUUGUUUGUACUGACUGGCGUUCACACUGUGCUGCUGCUGCGAGCUGCAGCCUGCCUCCCCCUCUGCUCCCCCAGUCCUGGCUGCAGCCUGCUCUCCCAGUCCCGGUGGCCAUGCAGGCGGACUCACGCCGCGUAUAACAGAGUGCACAGACUGCGGCGCCCGGCAGCACCGUGGCUGCAAGGCAUAACUUGACCCUUGAGUUUCGCGCAACAGUAUCGUCAGCUGUGAACGCCAAGAUCUCAUCUUCACCUGCUACCAUGGUUGCCAAGGAUUACCCCUAUUGUAUUGCAGCUAAGAGGACAAACUGUGCCUUGGAAGUGCAUAGUGUCAGCUCCAGCACUAAAGAAACCGAGGAGCCCAGUAACAAACGGGUAAAACCACUUUCCCGAGUCACAUCUUUAGCAAAUCUCAUUCCACCUGUGAAAGCCACACCUCUGAAACGAUUCAGCCAGACGUUACAGCGUUCCAUUAGCUUUCGAAGUGAUAGCCGACCUGAAAUUUUCACCCCAAGACCCUCUUCUAGACAUGGGCCCACUGCUAUUGCAAAGCGUCGAGAUAGCAAACUCUGGAGUGAAACAUUUGAUAUUCGUGUCAAUCAAAUGCUCACAGCUAAGGAAAUCAAAAGGCAAGAGACAAUAUUUGAACUUUCCCAGGGAGAACAGCUUUUAAUUGAAGACUUGAAACUGGCAAAAAAGGCUUAUCAUGAUCCGAUGCUCAAACUCUCGAUUAUGACUGAGCAGGAACUGAAUCAGAUAUUUGGAACCCUGGAUUCCCUUAUUCCUUUGCAUGAAGAUCUUCUGAGUCGGCUCCGUGAAGCCAGGAAACCAGAUGGGACAACAGAGCAUGUUGGCCACAUCCUUGUAGGCUGGCUCCCUUGCUUAAACUCAUAUGAUAGCUACUGCAGCAACCAAGUGGCAGCCAAGGCCCUUCUUGAUCACAAGAAACAAGAUCAUCGAGUCCAUGACUUUCUACAGCGCUGUUUAGAAUCACCUUUUAGUCGCAAGCUGGACCUCUGGAAUUUUCUGGAUAUUCCACGUAGUCGACUGGUGAAGUACCCCCUACUCUUAAAAGAAAUUCUCAGGCAUACUCCAAAUGACCACCCAGAUAAGCAGCACUUGGAAGAAGCAAUUAACAUCGUUCAAGGGAUUGUAGCUGAAAUCAACAAGAAGACUGGGGAGUCAGAAUGUCAGUAUUAUAAGGAAAGGCUAGUCUUUCUUGACGAGAGUCAAAAGGACCCUCUGAUUGAAAAUUCUAAAGUGCUCUGCUGUCAUGGAGACUUAAAGAACAACAGAGGAGCAAAACUCCAUGUUUUCCUGUUUCAAGAGGUGCUUGUAAUUACCAGAGUGGUGACAUGCAGUGAGCAGCUGUGCUACCAGCUGUAUAGGCAGCCCAUCCCUGUCGGGGAUCUGGUGUUGGAUGACCUGCAAGAUGGGGAGGUCCGGUUAGGGGGAUCUAUUAGAGGCGCCUUCAGCAAUAAUGAGAGAACAAAAAACUUCUUCAGAGUCAGCUUUGUAGAUCCUUCUGAAGGGCAGUCCCACUCACUCCAGGCAAAUGAUGCCUUCAACAAACAGCAGUGGUUGAACUGCAUCAGACAGGCCAAAGAAGCAGUGCAGCAUUCUUUAGGUGAAAAAGGAAUGCUAGGCUGUGGAAGACACAUGCACCUAACUCCAAAUGGGAUCAGGAUGUCCCAUGAAGAACCAAAGCUUGAAAGAAUGGACCAAUCAGACAAUGAAUCUAACUGUAGUAUGGAUACCAGUGAGAUUAGUGGCGACUAUGAACAGAUGGAAGAAACAGACUGUUGUGUAAAUCAAAAAAGAAUAGAGACAGAUGUUUGACAUCAUCAAUACAUUGCGUAGAACUCCACGGCAUUUUACCUGUACAGUAUUUGCAUUCCAUAAGGAGCAUUUUGGAAAAGCACUUUUAUUCCAUGCAAUGGUGUCCUUGGUCCCUUUGUGUAUACUUGACAAAUACUGCCAAAUGUGUCUGUAAGCUGGAAUUUGUUGUCUUUGCUGUUUCUGGUUUAAUGUGUUCUCUCUAACAUGAUACUCAUAGAUGAAAUGUUUGAUUAACAUCUACAUAGUCUUGCUGGACCUUCUCAACUGCUGUUUGCAUUUGGACCAAUUCCAUAUGGAUUGAUAUAUUUGGAACCAGCAAGUUAGCAGUUCAGGUGAAUAUUCAGAACAUCAGGCAACAUUUCACAGGAUUGGAACAAAACUGAACAAAGUACU